AUGCCAGUGAUAAAAUCGCCUAUAAGAUAUCAUCAGCCAAGAAAGCCGUCAACACUAUCAGUAAUAUGGAGAAUGCGUACUCAUUUGGCAUUUACAUUAACGCCCAUAAUUUUGUUACCAAUCCUGUUUUCUUUCCCACAAAGUCAGAACGAAGCAAGAUGUGGUUACUGUGUUGGGAUAAUGGCUGUUUACUGGGUUAUGGAGGUAAUACCGUUAGCAGUAACUGCUUUACUACCAAUGGUACUUUAUCCUUUGCUAGGCUUAAUGGCAUCGGAUGAUGUUGCUCAAAUGUAUCUACCUGAUAUAAGUUUUUUAUUUAUUGGUGGAUUAAUGGUAGCUGUAGCUGUUCAAAAAUGCAAAUUACACAAUCGUGUCGCCUUAUUCGUGUUAACUAUUGUUCCACCCCAACCAUGCUGGAUUAUGCUUGGUUUCAUGUUGGUAACUGCAUUUUUAAGUAUGUGGAUAUCAAACACAGCAACCGCUGCUCUCAUGGUACCUAUUGCCAAUUCUGUUAUUAUCGAGCUUAUCAAAAGUAAUCGUAGAAAUCAGUUUACUGAUAGUCUAUUGGGUGAAGCAGUGGUUGAAGAUAGGCAUAAUGAAAACAGCGAUGGACGAAGGAAAUCUCUCGGUACUUUUAGUACGAGAGAUCCAACAGAAAUUUUAAGUAAAGAUGAACAUCAAAUGGCCAAAGGAUUGCUGAUAUCAGUUGCUUUUGGUGCAAAUAUCGGUGGUACAGGAACGAUUACAGGAACACCGUCAAAUCUUGUUUUAUUGGGCCAAAUUAAAGAAAUUUUCCCCCUCGCAGAUACAGACAUUAAUUUCAUAUCCUGGAUGGUUUUUGCACUACCACUUGUUAUUGCAUGCUUAUUCAUGACAUGGUUAACACUAGUACUCAUUUUCUUCCGGAAAGCUUCGAAAGGUCAUCAGACGAUUAAAGACAAACUGAGACAGAAGUACGAUGAACUGCCAGGCUUAUCGUUUGCAGAAAUCUCUGUAUCAAUUUGCUUCUUAAUAUUGUUAACACUUUGGAUAACGAGAGAUCCUUAUGUUGUUUCUGGUUUCGGAGCUCUUUUCAAAACAGGAUAUGUAACAGAUACAACAAGCGCAAUGUUGGUUGCAAUCAUAUUAUUUGCCGUCCCGAUUCAAAAGCCAAAUUUCUUUGGAAAAACGGAGAAUAUCGAAACAUUACUGGAUUGGAAAACAAUGCAAGCAAAAUUUCCAUGGAGUGUUGUACUGCUACUUGGAGGUGGCUUUGCAAUGGCUGCCGGUGUCAAGGAAUCGAACCUAAGUUAUCGUGUUGGAGAAAUGAUGCAAUUACUACAAAUGUUCCCAGUUAAUGUUAUUAUGGCAAUUUGCAUAUUUAUCACCAUAUUCCUAACAAAUAUUUGCAGUAACACAGUAACAGCAUCCAUCUUCAUUCCCAUUGUAGCAGAAUUAGCGAAAUCAUUGGAAAUUCAUCCACUUUAUUUUAUGAUUCCUACCGCUCUUGCGUCUUCAAUGGCUUUCAGUUUGCCUGUGGCAACUCCACCAAAUGCAAUCAUUUUCGCCUCAGGUUUAUUACGUGUCAAAGAUAUGUUAUUGGCUGGAACAUUGGCCACUAUCGAAUGUGGUUUAUUAGCAAUACUGUUUAUGAUGACUUGGGCAACAUACCUAUUCGAGCUGGACAAAUUCCCUCUCUGGGCCUACACUCCGGCAGAACUAGUAUACCGGAACCAUACCUUAUUUGAUUUACUGACCAAUGCAACUGCCAAAUAG